GUGGAAGCAAAAUCCUUUUUAAAACCCAAGUUAUUCUUCUAACCUUAUUUAAUUCUAUCUCCAAGCCAACUACUUCAAACUAAGUAACAACUAUUACUAUCAUACAGCUUUUCAGCAAAUUCCGCAACAGCAUAUAAAAAUCAUUACAAAUCAUUCUAUUAUUUAACUACUUUCCUCCAACUAGUUUGCAAGUCAUCCUGUACCUAUUUAAGUAACUUCAGUUAGUAAGGCAGAGAUGCAUGCAUGCCAGCAUUUUCUGCUCUUCUUUGUCUUUCAAUAACGCCCUCCUCUAUUUGACUCAUAUCAUCAUUUCUGAUUAUCUUUAUCAUCUUAAACUGUAUCUCAUAUAUUCCCAAAUUUCGCACUAAUCACCCACUGUAUUGAUUGAGAAUCCAAUGUCUCCUAUUGCUCUGAGCCUGAUAGCGGUUGCCAUCAUAAGCAUCACGCGUUGGCUCUAUAGAUGGUGGAACCCGAGAUGCAAUGGGAAACUCCCACCGGGUUCAAUGGGUUGGCCACUCCUCGGUGAAACUCUUCGUUUCUUUGCGCCUAACACUUCCUUCGAUAUCCCUCCCUUUGUCAAAAACCGGAUGAAAAGAUAUGGGCCAAUAUUCAAAACCAGUCUAGUUGGAAGGCCAAUUAUAGUCUCAGCUGAUCCAGAGCUUAGCUAUUUAAUCUUUCAACAAGAGGGCCAAACAUUUCAAAGUUGGUAUCCGGACACAUUUACAGAGAUUUUUGGGAAACAAAAUGUGGGCUCCUUACACGGGUUCAUGUAUAAGUACCUAAAAAAUAUGGUGUUAAGUCUCUUUGGUCCUGAAAGCCUAAAGAAGAUGCUACCUGAGGUUGAAGAGACGGUGCUUAAACAGAUGAAUCAGUGGACUAAACUGGAUUCAGUGGAGAUAAAAGAUGCAACAGCUAGUAUGAUUUUCAAUCUAACUGCCAAAAAGCUAAUCAGUCAUGAUGCUGAAAACUCUUCAGAGAAUUUAAGGGAGAACUUUGUUGCUUUUAUAAAGGGAUUAAUCUCCUUUCCUUUGAACAUUCCUGGUACAGCAUUCCACAAGUGCUUACAGGGAAGAAAGAAGGCGAUGAAGAUGCUCAAAGACAUGCUACAAAAGAGAAGAAUGAUGCCCAAAAAACAAAGCACAGAUUUUUUUGAUUAUGUCCUCGAGGAAUUGGCAAAGGAGGGAACACCUUUAACAGAAGGAAUUGCUUUGGACCUAAUGUUUGUGCUUCUCUUCGCUAGCUUUGAGACAACCUCCCUGGCCCUAACUGUGGCUAUAAAGUACCUCUCAGAGUACCCUCUCGUGCUGCAAAAACUGACAGAAGAACAUGAGGCAAUAUUGAAGAGGCGUGAAGAUCCGAAUUCUCACCUCACAUGGAAGGAAUAUAAAUCAAUGACCUACACUUUUCAGGUAAUCAAUGAAACAGUUAGGGUGGCAAAUAUAGUUCCAGGAAUUUUCAGAAAAGCACUGAGAGAUGUAAGCUUCAAGGGUUAUACCAUUCCAGCUGGUUGGGGUGUCAUGGUCUGUCCUCCAGCUGUACACUUAAACCCUGCCAGAUAUGAAAAUCCCCUCGAGUUUAAUCCAUCGAGAUGGGAGGGAGGAGAGAUAAAUGGUGCAUCCAAACAUUUCAUGGCUUUUGGGGGAGGUAUGAGAUUCUGUGUUGGAACAGAUUUUACCAAGGUGCAAAUGGCUGUUUUUCUACACUGCCUAGUUACAAAAUACAGGUGGAAUCCAACAAAAGGAGGGAGCAUCGUAAGGACCCCUGGCUUACAGUUUCCAGAUGGCUUACAUAUUCGGUUGGCUGAGAGGUCAGCAGAGCAUCUAUCAAAUAAUCCUGCUUGACGAAUAUAGUGUUACAAGUGAAAUCAGGUUCAAUGUGAUAUUAACACAUACCCCUAUUCUUCUGUCCAGUAUAUGAUACUAUAUUCUCAAGCUGCAUUAAAAAGACAGAUCAACAUACAGAUAGAACAGUAAAGGAGAACAAUUAUUAACAGUUUCUCCACAAAACAAAAGCAGCUGUGAAUAGCUCUAUCGUGAUUGUUACAGUUUUGUAUACAUUGUCAAUUUUUUACCCUUUUAUCUUUUCGUCUAUCUGUGAAAUCACAUAUGACUUAAAGUAGAAGGGGUUAAGAUGUCUUACAGAAAUACAUUAUUAUUGGAUUCAUGUCA